UCAAGUGAGAUGAUGAAAUGGAUGGCGACAAUUGUAUCACCAAGAAGUUCACGUGGUGCCGAAGAGCGACCGAAUUUGGAUGAUGGCGAUCGAAUGAUGAUCGAUUUGGUAAUUGCUGAAGUGGAGAGUGCAGUUAUUCGAUUCGAAACCAAACAAGAGAUGCAACGUAGUGAGCGUUCUCUUCGUGAACGUAUUCCGGAUUAUUCGUGGCUUGCAACUGAUAGCUCGGCUAGACACCGCAAAUAUCUUUCAAUGACGGAACGAUCGCGAGUGGAAUCUGCGUGCUGUAUGGUUAUCGCAAGUGAAUGGUCAACUCUGCUGGCGACAUGGCGUUCAAGACUGCAAACGGUGAAUGAACGAGAAGAUAUAUUCGAUGCAUUCUCAACUGCCGUCUACGACAUAAUCGCGUCAAGACCACGCUCGAACACCCUCACCGAAGUCCUAAUAAAUUACAUCAGAAAAGGACGAAGUCUUAAUGCGGUACGUUCUCAUUUUUCGUUCAUCAAAGCAACAAUACAUUUUGUGUGUUGA